AUGUCUCGCUCUGCAGCGCUGGGACCGACCACAGUCUCGACCACUCGACCUCAGCAGUAUCAGCUUGUUUCUCCUGGCACACCAGCUGAUCCUCGAUCAAUGAGCCAAAACAACAAGGAUCAACUGAUCCAGUCUCUUCGAACCCAUCGAGUCAACACCAUCACUGAGCUACGCCGGAUCGAGAAGAUCUUUGCAUUUCUGGACUCGGCCGAGGUGACCGAGCCAAUGACCACGGCGUGGGCGCAUUAUGUCAACUCGAACAAUCUGCUCAAUGAGCUUCGCGGCUUGACCAGGACCUAUCCUUUCAGCUCCGAGUGUCUUGAUGAAGCCAAAGCGAUGGUAGUGCGGGACCCGAGCAGUACUCGGAGCUGGAACUACUGCUGGUUAGUCCUAGUGAAGAUGGAAAAGGAAAACCUCAUUGCAAAACACGCCCGCGCCUUAGCCUCCAAGGCAAGCACAUGGGGAGGUCGCAGGCCGACAAAAGAAGAGUUUGAGCGCCUAGUCAAUGCCUGCGUGGCGGAAUGGACUCGAGCCCUGCGGCAAAUGCUCAAACACUGGGACAAGCCUCCAAGCACGACCGGGAACUGA